GAAAACACUGAGAACGCCUCUGGAGCAGUUGGUCGCUUGGCUUGGGCUUGGGCGCUUGGGGUGGUAUUCGACGUGGAAAUUGCCUUUAGAUGUCUCAGUUUGGAGGUGCUGGCAAAAAUCCACCAUGGAUGAGGGCAACUGAACUUCCUCUAACAGGAAGUGCAAUGCUGGCUCAAGCUGGCGCCAGCCUGGCGUCGGCACUCACACAGCCUCAAACAGCGGUGCAGCAGCAACAAACGCAACCUUUUGGCACUAACCUGGCUGCGCUUGGCCUUGCGCAGAAUGCACUGCAGGCCACAACAGUUCUUUCACAGCCUGGCCUUGCAAUUCCAGCAUCACUAGCCACAUCACCUCAGCUGGCUGACACAAGUGUUCUGGCACGAGAUGAACAACUGCAGUUUGAGUUCCUCGACCAUCGGAAGCAAGCUGGUCUGGGUCUCUCGGCCGCAUCAUUGGCGGCAUCAGGGGGUGCAAGUCUUGGCUAUGGCACAACACAAGCGGCAGCUGCUCGGCUUCUUGGUGCAGCUGCUGCAACUACUGGUGUCACCUCACCAUCUACAAAACAGCGCGUCUUCACAGGCACUGUGACAAAGCUGCACGAUAACUUUGGCUUUGUUGAUGAAGAUGUGUUCUUUCAGACGUGUGUAAUCAAGGGAACCAUGCCAAAGGUUGGUGAGAGAGUGCUGGUUGAAGCCUCAUAUAAUCCCAACAUGCCAUUCAAGUGGAAUGCCUAUCGUAUACAGCUUUUGGCCAACCAGAUGAAUGCUUCUGUUGGUGUUCGCUUAAACAGUCAGAUUACACCAAGUAACCAGACCAGCACUAGUGCAGCCAUGGCAGCACAGACGCAGUACAUCAACUCCUUGACUUCCUCAGAGAACAAGAGCAGUCGCUCUGAUGGGGAAAAGCUUUCUUACAGUCAGUUAAUUGAGAGGACAGAGAGCAGGCACAGGGCAGAGUACUCGAGCAGCAACACAAGAAAUGCAACCAGACGUAGUUCACCCAGUAGGCGAGACCGUGACAUGCGCCAUGAUGACCGACGAGACCGCUACCGGGACCGCAACAGCAGUCGGGAUUUUGACAAAGAUCGAAGGCCCUAUGAUCGUAACCAGGACCGUCCAUCUGACCGGAGCUCAGAUCGAAACCAAGACAGAAUGCAAGAUCGUGAUCGAGUGCCAGACAGGGAUCGCUUACAAGAUCGUGACCGAGAUAGAAUGAUGGACCGUGAUCGUCUUCAAGACAGGCUGCCUGAUCGGUUGCAAGAGAGAAAUAGGUCACCUAUUCGAGAUCAUAGAUCAAGAGAUCGAGAUCGUGAUAGGGAAAGGGAUCGAGAUCUGCGAGGCCCGGCACAGUCACCUGAUCGUGAUUAUCGAGGGCCGGGUCAAGAUCAUGAUGGCAGCAGCACUUCAUCACUGGUUCGCAAGCAUCCCUUGUCACCUCCUCGACGAGGCGGGGGUGGCUCUCCGCCACGGCGCAAACCACGGAUGAUGCCUCGCUAUGUGGUGGACAUUCCUGGAGUCUGCUUAGAGCAGCGGGAGCUUGGUGUGGUGGACUUGCGCAAGCGCUACCCAAACAUGUACAUACCAUCAGACUUCUUUCAUGCGUACAUCUGCUGGCAAGAGUGCUUUCCAUUACACCGCCCUUUUGGCCUCAACUACCCAUGCUGUUUCCAAGUCCUGCCAAAAGACACCUGUCCUCCACCACCCUCUCUGCUCACUGUAACCCAGUUGGAGUCUUCGUUGCCUCCGGCUGUGCUAGACCCCCCAGACAUAGAUUUCUCCUUCAGUGCCAAGGUGAUGCUGCUUUCAAGCCCCUCUUUGGAAGAGCUGUAUCAGCAGACCUGUGCCCUGGCUGAGGAUGAAUCUCGAUUGGGGACUGCAAUGCACCCAGCACGUGUGCUCUCCUUUCUGGUGGGCCUCAAAGGCAAGAGCGAGACAGUGGCCAUUGGAGGGCCAUGGUCGCCAUCCCUUGAUGGACCUAACCCGGACUCUGACCCACAAACGCUGAUUCGGACAGCUGUGCGCACCUGCCGUGCCCUGACUGGCAUUGACCUCUCAGCCUGCACUCAGUGGUAUCGCUUCGCCGAGAUCUGCUACCGUAGGGAGAACCCCUCCCCCAACGGCGCCAAGGUUCCAUCGGCCACCCUGGAAAAAGUGGUGCUGUUCUUCCCCGACGUGUGGCGCUGCAUGCCCACCCGACAGGAGUGGGCCGACCUGGAGCUGCGGCUGCGCAACGCUGACGACACAGCUGCAGACGACUCGACAACGGCAGGCGACACAGCGGCUCCUUCCAAGGAAGAAGAAAAUGCUGCAGGGGAGACCAGCACAAAGGAGCCGACUCAUUAUGCUGAUUUGGAUCCUAAAACAAUGAAGGUUGGUGACCUACGUGUGGAGCUGGAGGUGCGUGGCUUGUCCACGAAGGGCCUGAAGUCACAGCUAAUAGCACGGCUGAGCAAGGCCCUCAAGGCAGAGGCAGAAAUGGCUGAAGGCAAUGAGGAGGAAGAGGAAGAGGAAGAAGCUGAGGAGGAGGUUGAGGAGGAGGAGGGUGAGGGUGAAGAUCCUGUUGAGGAGGCUGUCCUGGAUGAAGUCAAAGAGGAUGUGUGCGAUGAGCUCAAAGAAGAUGAAGAUGCUGAUGGGCCUGAAGAAGAGAAGGAGGCUGGUGGUGACACUGAAGAAAAGCAAGAUGAAUCAAUGGAUGUUGCCAAGGAAGAAACCAUGGAAGGAGCCAAGGAUGAGGCAUCAGUAAAAGCAACAAAACCUCCACCAAAUGUUGGGAAGCCACUGCGAUAUGAGGACCUGCCUAGCCAACCAAGCAUUCUAGUGUACCCAUCACGUACAGCUAAAGGAGGCCGUUUUGACUGCUCAGUCAUGUCUUUGUCCCUACUGCUUGACUAUCGCCAAGAGGACAACAAGGAGCACUCUUUUGAGGUGUCACUGUUUGCAGAGCUCUUCAAUGAAAUGUUGAUACGGGACUUUGGUUUCAACAUCUACAGAGCUCUACUAGAAGCCCCUGAGCAAAAAGAGGAGAAGAAAAAAGAUGGUGGUAAAGAGUCAGACAAAAAAGGUGAUCGUCGGGAUGAUCGGAAGUCGGAUCGACGCCGAGACCGCAAAGAUGAUGAAAAGAAAACAGAUGACCAAGAUGAAAGUGAUGCUGCUUCAGAACAGUCUGAUGGGGAAGGUGAUUCUGAAGAAAACAAAGAGAAACGAGUGCGCAAAGAGAAUCGUCCUCAGCAGCAGCGUACACUACAGCGUCAUCUGCUUCUCUCAUUCAUAUAUUUCGACCAGAACCAAUGUGGUUACUUGCAGGACAGAGACCUUGAAGACAUUUUUUACAUUAUUGGCCUUGAGCUCUCGCGUGGUCAGGUUCGGCGCCUUCUUCAGAAAGUGUCAAAGCGUGAAACAGUGCGAUACAGAAGCCUAACUGAUGCACCAGUUUGUCCCGAGGACAUUGUUGAGGAAGCACCUGUGGGUGAUCAAGAAAUGGCGGAUGACGACGAAGUGCCUGGUGAUGAGCAACCAUCAGAACAAGACCUGCAAAUCAUUGCCAUGGGCAACCGUGGUCUCCUGAUGAAGUCCGAGGAUGGCCUACCAGAGAGCAAUGCUACUGAACCUUCAGCUGCCUUGGAUUCUGCUGGUGGUGCUGCCGGGGCUAAACUAGUCUUCCAUGAUGGAGCCCUACUAGAUGUAGGAAAGUUGCUGCGACAGGUGGAACGCAGUGAGAGAGCCCGCACAAGCUCGGAAACCCGCUUGAAGGAGUUGAUUGAAGCCUUGGCUGAAGUGCGUGAAUCGUGGGAGGCAUCUCGACAAGAAGUUUUGAAAACACAGAUUGAUUUGGACCAGGCACGUCGCCAGCUAGUUGUCGUUGAAGACGACUUGUGCUCAUCACGUAAGGCUGCCCAGGAGCUGCGGCUGGCCCUACAAAACUGCAGGCAACACUUACAGGCCACACUUGGGAGCCUGGAGACUGUGCUGGGUCGUAAGGAGCAUAGAGGCGACACCAAGAAUGACGAUUGAGUGCAUCAGUUUACAUUCACUUCUUUGGUUCCCC